AUGGGAAAUUGCGGCGGAAAGCCUCUCCCGAAAGAGACUAUUGAUGAAAGUCAAAAAGCUCACCAGGAGAUUCCGAAAGCGCUGAUAAGCUCUGGCGCAAGAAAAUCCGUCCGACAUGUCGAUCUCAGCGACAAUUCCAUCACGACUAUCGACUCGAAAUUCUGGCUCAACGAGAACAUCGUCGAAAUCAACAUUUCGAAAAACUCAACAUUUACAGCGAUUCCAGCUGAAUUGGCGAAAUUGAGCAAACUGGAGCGACUUGAUUUAUCGCAAACGGGAAUCAUGGAAAUUCCCGAUUUUGUUUGGACAAUGCAGAGUUUGAAAAUCCUCAACGUCUCGGGGACAAAAGUCACCAGUCUUGGACUCUUGGCGGGGAACAACAUCGCCAGUUUGGAUAUCUCGGGUCUGGGGCUCAAAGAACUGCCAGAAACGAUCAGCGCUUUUGGCAAUUUACAAGUACUCAAAGCAGCUGAUAACAAAUUGGCAACGCUUCCGGAGAACAUCUCAAAAUGCUCGAAAUUAAAGGAACUCCAUCUCGAAGGAAACCUCUUGACUCACCUUCCAUUGGCUGAAAAUCUCCAAAAACUCGAAGUCCUCAAAAUUGUCAAGGACCAAAAAGAAAAGGCCGCUGUUCUGCAAGAAGGUCUUUUCAAAGAGAAAAAGUGCUUGACUUGCGCUUAUUUUAAAUCCGGCGCUGCUCCAGUCGCUCCAAAGAGAAGUGAAAGUUUGCAGAAAAGAAAUGAAGAGGCUGAGCUUAAUGUUACGAUUGUGACUGCUUCUACAGAGGUGAAAGCAGCGCCGCGUCUAAUGGAGCCGCCAAAAAUUGUCAUCGACGAAUUCGAAGAGACAACAAAGAGCGCUGAAGAAGACAGUCCUGACAAGACUGUCGAAGAAGACAAUGAUCAAAAUGGAAAUGAAGAGAAGAAACAAGAGGAAAAACAAAAGAUUGAUGCUAAUGCUGAUGCUGUUGUUGAUAAUCAAAGUGAAGGAAAAGGAUCAAGAAAAUCUUCCUCAAGCUCUUCCUCUUCAUCUACAUCAAGUUCAUCAAAAUCUUGCUGUGACUGCAACACAGAUGCGGACAUUAUCGAUGAAGACGCGACUACUCAAGACGAACCUCAACGUGAAGCAGCUCCCGCCGACGAAACAGCUGUUCCUUCCGUUAUCACGGAAGAACAAAAAGAGGAAACGACGGACUCUAUUUUUGUAGAAGACGAGGAACCUGCAACAAUAACCCUGACAGACGAAAAAGGAGAUGAAGCAGUUCCAGAAUCACCAAAGCCUGAAAUCGCUCCGAAACCAAAGUGCGUCAAGUUUUCUCUCUCGGAGUACCCAGGAGAAGUCGACCACGUAGUUGAGAAAACUGAACUUUCCGAAAGUAAAGAAGACGAGGAAGGAGUCAAAAUUACUACAGUCACUACCACUGUGACAACAGUUGUUAAUGGUGAUGCAGAAGAAGAUAAUCAAGAAUCAGACAACAAUUCUCUGGAGAAAGCUGAAAAGCAAGAAUCAACGUUGGCUAAAGAAAAAUCUCCCGAGCCCUCUAGACCUGCUCAUAGUUCUGAGGAUUGUUUCAAAAGCGAAAUCUUGCGCUCACGAGGAGUCGGAAGCGUACGCCGAUCGAUGAUGAUGUUCAUGGAAGAGCAAGAAAAGGCAGCGGCUUCGAAGAGCUCAGCUGCGAGGAGUGUCAAGAAAAUGCCCGCUUUCGUCGACUAUCAAACCGAUCAGCCGAGUCUGACUGGAACUGGUGUUGUUAGAGUCGCAGUUCCAAUUCCACAAAAUUUUGUUGAACCAAAGAUUGAGCGAAAGCCAAUCAAAACCGGUCGAAUCGAGCAAAUCUACGACGAUGCUCCGGAGCCGGAACCAACCCUCAAAUUCCUACCAAAUAAACCCUCAAUGGAUCUUGUUUCCUCAACCCCAAAACCAGCCGAAGAUCACAAAGCAAGAAUAAAAAUCGCUGCAUCCGAGGAAGCAAGAGCGAUUGUCGCCUCAGCCGCCACUAGAAAUGCGUCAAUCGAAAACGAAGAUGAAAUUUUUGUUGAGAAAAAUUUCGACAAUCAAGUCGAGGUUAAAACUGCACAGAAUGUGGAAACGAAAACUAUCGAAGUCGAAAAUGGAAUUUUAACUACAGAAGUGACGACAACAAAGACAACCGUCAGCUCUUCCCGCCAGAUUACUUACAGUCAUCAAGAAACAAUCGACUAUGACGACCGUGAAGUGACGAGAAACGAGACUGUCAUUAGCAAUUCUUCAUCGGAAAACACAAAAGUCGAGGCUGACAAUCUCGACAUGUCUUUUGGCGACAUCAAAAUCGAACCUGAACAUCUGAGGCCACCAUCACCUGCCCAGGAAAAAGUCGAAGAAAGCAAAAUCGAACUGUCAAUCUUGGACAUCCUGAAACAAACUCAUUUUGAUGAAGAACCCCAAGAAAUAGUCAUUACCGCAAAACGAGAUCGAGGAGCCUCUCUUGGACUAUCCAUCACUUCACCUCUGGAAGAGCCAGCUGUUGAUGUCCCGCUAGCAGCCGAUACCGUCAUUAUCAAAGACAUUGUUGUCUCUUCCAGCGCCAGUUUCAACCAAUCACCUAAGAUUGGCGAUGUCCUAGUUUCAAUUGAUGGGAUCGAAAUCAAUUCUUCAAACAUCGAGAGUGAGCUUCAAAAUUGCGGAAAUCUGAUCACCCUCAAAUUUAAACGCUUCCCGAGUGCCUUUUCUGGAUACAACUAA